AUGGAGCGCGCCGUGGAGCCCUGGGGCCCAGAUCUCCAAGGCUCGGAGGAGAGGGAGCCGCUGAGAGGUGCCCGCACAGGUCUAGGGAGUGAGAAUGUGGAGAUUUCUCAACCCGAUGAGUUUGAACAUACCCCACAGGAAGAUGACUUGGGGUUCAAAGAAGGGGAAGAUUUGGCCCCAGGUCAUGAAGUAGGAAAUGCCUCUCUCAAACCCGAAGGCAUUCAGACCUGGGAUGACUUAUGGGUCCAGAGAGAAGGGCUAGGCAAGCCUCAGCCUCGGGACAGAGGCCCCCAGCUCCUGGGAGAACCACGCUGGGGCCAGGCUAGUAGCGAUCGGGCUGCUGUGUGUGGUGAGUGUGGCAAGAGCUUCCGACAGAUGUCAGAUCUGGUGAAACACCAGCGGACCCACACAGGGGAGAAACCCUACAAGUGCGGGGUCUGUGGCAAGGGCUUUGGGGACAGCUCUGCCCGUAUCAAACACCAGCGAACUCAUAGUGGUGAGAAGCCCUACAGAGCCCGGCCAGCAGCCCAGGGGCCCCCAAAGAUUCCUCGUCCCCGGAUCCCUGCUGGUGAGCGCCCCACUAUUUGUGGCGAAUGUGGCAAGAGCUUCCGGCAAAGUUCUGACCUGGUGAAACACCAACGGACACACACGGGUGAGAAGCCCUACAAGUGUGGCAUCUGUGGCAAGGGCUUUGGUGACAGUUCUGCCCGCAUAAAGCACCAGCGGACACACCGCGGGGAGCAGCCCCCCCGGCCAGUGGUGCCCCGACGGCAGCCAUCACGAGCAGCAACUGCAGCCUCACAGGGACCCAAGGCCCAAGACAAGCCAUAUAUCUGCACUGAUUGUGGCAAAAGGUUUGUGCUCAGCUGCAGCCUGCUGAGCCACCAGCGCAGUCAUCUGGGGCCCAAGCCUUUUGGCUGCGACGACAGCCACAUUUCCAUGUGUCUCCUUACCAAUAAACUGCUUUUUGUCUGA